ACUAGGAAAUCCCUCCCAGACUGGGUUGGCAGGAAGCAGGAAGUCUCUGAGCUGAGAUCCUUCUCUCUUGCCUGUAAUUCAGAUCUCUCUGCUUUUUUCCCUUGGAGCUAUGAUCUCUUUGUCGUCUGGAAGCCCACCCUGUGCUUGCAGCUCCCAGGCAGGUCCCAGCCAAGAUCGCCCACAUUUCCCAGCUUCUGUGGACUGCUUUUGCCAUUGGGUCUCAUUCUUCCCUUCUGACCUCUUGGGAGCCUGGAGCCAGAGGGAAUGUGUCCUGGAAGCCUCAGACCUCAUCCUCAGGAGUUGGUGACAUUCAGAGAUGUGGCUUUGGACUUUACCCAGGAGGAAUGGGGCCUCUUGGACGAUCCUCAGAAGGAGCUGUACAAGGAGGUCAUGUUGGAGAAUGCCUGGAACCUGCUCUCUCUGGGGCUUCUAGUUCCCAGCGAAUAUGUGAUCUCUUAUUUUAAGCAAAAAAAAUCACAAUGGAUGCUGGACCAAGAAGGCCUGAGGAGCUGCUCUCCAGAAAGAGAAAUCAGACUUGAAACGAAGGAAAGUACUCCAGAGCUAAGUCUUCCUGUAGUAGAAACUUACAAGCCAAGAUUCAUCAGUGAUGGUCCUGGUAACUUCUCUUGGAAAGAUAUAUGUAAUACACUUGAGAAAAUUCAUAGUGGAGAGAAAUCUUACGAGCAUAAUCAAAGUGGAAAAGUUUUCACAGAAAGGUGGGCUCUUACUGGAUAUAAGAGAAAUCACAUUAGAGAGAAACAUAUUGAAUAUAACCAAUAUGGAAAGAUUUUCAAAUAUAAAAAUAGUUUUCCUCUUUAUCAUAAAAUCCAUGCUGCAGAGAGACCUUAUGAAUGUAACCAGUGUGGAAAGGCUUUCACAAAAAAGGCACGUCUUACUAUACAUCAGAGAAUCCACACUGGAGAGAAACCUUAUAAAUGUAACCAAUGUGGAAAGUCUUUUAGAGACAAGGGAACUCUUACUGUACAUCAGAGAAUCCACACUGGAGAGAAACCUUAUGAAUGUAAUCAAUGUGGAAAGGCUUUUAGAGACAAGGGAGCUCUUACUGUACAUCAGAGAAUCCACACUGGAGAGAAACCUUAUGAAUGUAACCAGUGUGGAAAGGCUUUCACAAAAAAGUCACGUCUUACUGCACAUCAGAGAAUCCACACUGGAGAGAAACCUUAUAAAUGUAACCAGUGUGGAAAGUCUUUUACAGAAAGUGGAGCUCUUAAUAGACAUCAGAUAAUCCAUACAGCCGAGAAACCUUAUAAAUGUAACCAGUGUGGAAAGGCUUUUAUAGAAAGUGGAGCUCUUAAUAGACAUCAGAUAAUCCAUACAGCCGAGAAACCUUAUAAAUGUAACCAAUGUGGAAAGACUUUUAGUCAUAAAGGAAUUCUUACUGUACAUCAGAGAAUCCACACUGGAGAAAAACCUUAUGAAUGUAAUCAGUGUGGAAAGGGUUUCACAAAAAAGAUACGUCUUAUUGUACAUCAGAGACUCCACACUGGAGAGGAACCUUAUAAAUGUAACCAAUGUGGAAAGGCUUUUAGAGAUAAGGCAGUUCUUACUAUACAUCAGAGAAUCCACACUGGAGAGAAACCUUAUAAAUGUAACCAAUGUGGAAAGGCUUUUACAGAAAGUAGGAGUCUUAAUAGACAUCAGAGAAUCCAUACAGGAAAGAAACCUUAUAAAUGUAACCAAUGUGGAAAGGCUUUUAAACAUAAGGUAUCUCUUAGUGCACAUCAGAGAAUCCACACUGGAGAUGAACCUUAUAAAUGUAACCAAUGUGGAAAGGCUUUUAGAGACAAGAGAACUCUUACUGAACAUCAGAGGAUCCACACUGGAGAUGAACCUUAUAAAUGUAACCAAUGUGGAAAAGCCUUUAGAGACAAGGGAGCUCUUACUGCACAUCAGAGAAUCCACACUGGAGAGAAACCUUAUGAAUGUAACCAGUGUGGAAAGACUUUUAGACAAAGGGGAACUCUUACUGUACAUCAAAGAAUCCACACUGGAGAGAAACCUUAUGAAUGUAACCAAUGUGGGAAGUCUUUUACACAAAAUAGAACUCUUAAUAGACAUCAGAUAAUCCAUACAGCAGAGAAACCUUAUAAAUGUAACCAGUGUGGAAAGGCUUUUAGACACAAGGGAGCUCUUACUGUACAUCAGAGAAUCCACACUGGAGAGAAACCUUAUGAAUGUAACCAUUGUGGAAAGGCUUUUACACAAAGGGGAGCUCUUAUUGAACAUCAGAGAAUCCACACUGGAGAGAAACCUUAUAAAUGUAACCAGUGUGGAAAGGCUUUUACAGAAAGUAGAGGUCUUAAGAGACAUCAGAUAAUCCACACUGGAGAGAAACCUUAUGAAUGUAACCAAUGUGGAAAGUCUUUUAGAGACAAGGGAGCUCUUACUGUACAUCAGAGAAUCCACACUGGAGAGAAACCAUAUGAAUGUAACCAAUGUGGGAAGGCUUUUGGAGACAAGGGAGCUCUUACUGUACAUCAGAGAAUCCACACUGGAGAGAAACCUUAUAAAUGUAACCAAUGUGGGAAGGCUUUUACAAAUAGAGGAUUUCUUACUUUACAUCAGAGAAUCCACACUGGAGAGGAACAUUAUAAAUGUAACCAAUGAGGAAAUAGUUUUACAAAAAACAGAAUCUCUUACUCAACAUCAGAGGAUCCACUCUGGAGAAAACUCUUAUGAAUAUAACCAGUAUGGAAAGGCUUUUAGAGAUAAGGCAGUUCUUACUAUAUAUUUGAGAAGCCAUACUGGAGAAAAACUUUAUAAAUGUAACCU